CUAACAGCCUUGCUAGAGUCUGAGGACUAUCCAGGGCCUGACUGCCAGCUAGCCAGCCAUGGGCCAGGAUUAUUACUCUGUGCUCGGGAUCACUCACAAUUCAGAGGAUGCCCAGAUCAAGCAGGCGUGCCGCAGACUCGCCCUUUAACCACCCGUUGAAGUCAAAUGAGCCGUCUUCAGCAGAGAUUUUCAGGUACCGCAGACUCGCCCUUAAGCACCACCCGUUGAAGUCAAAUGAGCCGUCUUCAGCAGAGAUUUUCAGGCAAAUAGCAGAGGCCUACGAUGUGCUGAGUGACCCCAUGAAGAGAGGCAUCUACGACAAGUUUGGAGAAGAGGGCCUGAAGGGUGGGAUUCCUUUGGAGUUUGGAUCCCAGACCCCGUGGACAACUGGUUACGUCUUCCAUGGCAAACCUGAAAAGGUGUUCCAUGAGUUCUUUGGUGGAAACAACCCCUUCAGUGAGUUUUUUGAUGCAGAAGGAAGUGAGGUGGAUUUGAAUUUUGGGGGGCUCCAGGGCCGAGGGGUCAAGAAGCAGGACCCCCCAGUCGAACGGGAUCUCUACCUGUCCCUGGAGGACUUAUUCUUUGGCUGCACCAAAAAAAUUAAGAUCUCCAGAAGGGUGCUGAAUGAGGAUGGGUACUCCUCCACCAUCAGGGACAAGAUCCUGACCAUUGAUGUGAAGCCCGGUUGGAGGCAGGGCACACGCAUCACCUUUGAGAAGGAAGGGGACCAGGGCCCCAACAUCAUCCCAGCAGACAUCAUUUUCAUUGUAAAGGAGAAGCUACACCCUCGCUUCCGUAGGGAGAAUGACAACCUCUUCUUCGUGAACCCCAUCCCUCUGGGCAAGGCUCUCACCUGCUGCACUGUGGAGGUGAGGACCCUAGAUGACCGUCUGCUCAACAUCCCCAUCAAUGACAUCGUCCACCCCAAAUACUUCAAGAAGGUGCCAGGUGAGGGGAUGCCAUUGCCGGAGGACCCCACUAAGAAAGGGGAUCUCUUCAUCUUCUUCGACAUCCAGUUCCCCACCCGCCUCACACCCCAGAAGAAGCAGAUGCUGCGCCAGGCAUUGCUGACAUGACUGUGGUGGGCUGGAGCAGGGGUGAGAGGAGGCUAGCUGGGCCUCACCCCACCCCUACCCACCAUAGCCUCAGGGUGUGCAGGGGAGCCUGCUGCACAGAUAUGAUACCAGGGUGGGAGGGUGCAGGGCUUAAACUGACAUAAUAAAGAUCUAUUUCCUGUCCUCCAGCUACACCCAC